AUGAAUCCCGUCACAAAUGUAACUUCUACGCCUUGUCAUCAUGUAGGGAUAUGGAAUGCUGAUUCUAUUUGCUAUUCAUUCAAGGACGAAUUACCAACCUUAUAUGACAUCUAUGAAACCCAGAAUUUUUCAUCUGACAUUGCAGCUAGCAGUUCUUACUGGCUAAGCUCAUACGUGACCGAUUUUAACAAUGAACAUUAUGUGAUUAUUUCGCAUAGUUUGGCAAGCGGAAAUGGGGUCAUUUACAGAGCUUCGACGCUCAGCCUGGGUCCAUCGAAUGCUUAUGCGUCAUACGUCUCUAGCGCAAACUUGUCAGCCAAUGCAGUCACCGAUUUCAAUAUAACUACCCAUGGGUAUGGUUUUGCUGCGUUGUCGGACGACAAACUCUCCAAAAUACGAUCUUGGAGCGAUCAUGACGGUGUCGUGUUCGACAUAACUUUUGGCGCAACUUCUCCUGUCAUCUUUAAUGGAGGCGCCGGACAGUUCUUGUGGAUGAAAAUCCCGGCCAACGAAUGGGCCAUGCCAGCAUGUCGAACUACCGGUUCAAUCACGGUCAAUGGCAAGGAAGUAAAGAUUGAUCCAAAUCGGUCGUUUACCUGGUAUGAUCGGCAAUGGAACUAUAAUCAUGACCUGGGACGUCUUUCAGGUGGAGCUAGCACCGGCGGAAGUACUGGUAAUUGGACUUGGUUUCAAAUUCACCUCGAUUACACUCCUAUAAAGGCCAGUAUCUGGGCGAUUGAUAUUGAGAAUCCUCAUGAGAGAGAUCGCUUUGCCACUAUUAGAUCCAAUGAUGGCUCGCUACAAUUUCUUCCAGUGGGGUUUUCAGCGGACAUGACAAAGACCUGGGUGUCAGAGGCAAGCGGAGUUGAGUAUCCUCUUAAGUGGAACCUUGACUUUGCCCAUGGCGACUUCCUAUCCAUCGAGAGUGUAACUGCCAACCAGGAGAUGUUUGGACAGAGUGCAUCCAAUACCGCCUAUGAAGGAUUUGUUUUUGUAUCUGGGCGCAUGCGCAACCAGAGGGUCACUGGAUUUGGGAUUGUCGAGAUGACAUCGAUGUAG